GGACGUUCUUUUAGGAGUCUCAAUGGAAUCUAGAUUAAAGAAUCUGUGCACGUCACUGUUCUUUUCUUACCAAUUUUGGACUUUCAACAUUGAAAUUGCAUUGCUUGAAUAUAUCAGUUCUGAAAUGUAGUUCAUAGUUUCGUUAUUUCUUUUUCACACAAUGGAUUGUGCAACUAUUAGGUUUCUCAUAGUAGCUGUAAUAUUAUCUCAUUGUACGUUUUUUUGGUUAUGUGAAGGUAUGCUGUCUUUGAUCAUUAUUUUUUCCCCUCCAUUACAUUUUGUAUUAUUUAAUGAGAAAUGUAUUAUAUUUAAAUCUCAUUAUAGAAUGUCAUUGCAGACAUUUUUAAGCAUAAAAGAAAGAAAAUCACAAUAUAAAAUUGUUGACCAAUGACAUUCAAAUGUUCCCUUAAAGUCAAUAUAUCUAUGCGGUUAACUGUGGUAACAAUCCUAAGACUAAAUUUAACAAAUUUAGACCCCCCCUACCCCCCCCCCCGCUUUAGCUAUUAUGGACUGCCGUAACAUUUAAGAAAUAUAACAAAUAUUAAUGCAUUUCUAGUUUAAAUUAAGGUACUGUUUUUGCAGUAGCUAAUGCUCAAAUAAACACAUCUAAAUAGUAUAUCAUAUUGCUAAUUCCAAGAUAAAAUGCUUAUAUAUACAGACACAUUUUUAUUAACUUCACAUAAAAGAUAAUGCAUCCAACCAUCUAUCCAUCCUUCCACCCAUCCAUCAAUCCACGCACCAAAAAUCAUACUUCUCUAUGUAACAAUUUCAUUACGCUAAUAAAAUUUCUGAUAACUGCUCAAACUGAGAUUCUUAGUUUAGGGUGUAAUCUUUUCUUUUCUUUUACGGAAAUCUGUGGUGUAAUAUAUACUUUGCGGUUUUAAAAAGUUGAUGGAAUAUUGGAAUACAAAUAAAGUUCAAGGGCGGCGGCAUAGUUGGGGUGUGGUUUGGGGUGGCUGUAGCACUAAUUGGGAAUCUUAAAAAUUGCUUUGCGUGUAUGCAUACUUUGUCCAAGUAGCUUAAUUAGACGGGAAACAAGCAUAUUGCGGACUGUAGCUAUUAAAUAUAUAGAGAUGACUAUAUCUAUUAAGAUAAAUAAAUAGCUUGAUACAUUCGUUCAUAAAUACAUACAAACAUAGAAGAAAAUCAUAUAUACAUACAUACAUACAUACAGACAAAAACACCAAUACAUGCAUACAUAUAUUCAUAAACACUUACUUACAUACAUAUAUACCUACACAUACACACUUACAUAAACAAAUACAUACAUACAUACAUUCAUACAUACAUACAUACAUACAUACAUACAAACGUACAUACAUACAUAUAUACGUACACACAUACAUACAUAAUACAUACAUAAAUACAUAAUACAUAAAUAAAUAAAUAUAUACAUACAUACACAUACUUACUUACAUACAUACAUACAUACAUACAUACAUACAUAUAUACGUACAUACAUACAUACAUACAUACAUGCAUACAUACAUACAUACAUACAUACAUAAAUACAUACAUACAUACAUACAUACAUACAUACAUACAUACAUACAUACAUACAUACAUACAUACAUACAUACAUACAUACAUACAUACAUACAUACAUACAUACAUACAUACAUACAUACAUACAUACAUACAUACAUACAUACAUACAUACAUACAUACAUACAUACAUACAUACAUACAUACAUACAUACAUAGAUACAUACAUACAUACAUACAUACAUACAUACAUACAUACAUACAUACAUACAUACACACAUACAUACAUACAUACACAAAUACGUAUAUACGUUAGUACAUUCUAUGUAUUUAUUUCAGGGUCUAUCCACAUAAAAGAAUUUACAAUGAGUGUAAAAGAGACACCUUCCGCCACUAAUGGAACAGUUUAUGAUCUUAUGGACGAAAAUCCUCCAACCAUAAAACGAAACUCAGCUGUGACCUUGACUUGUUCUGCCAGCUCUGAGACAGUUGGAUAUAUCAUUGUUUCCUUAAAGGACAAGUACAACACAACAAAAGCUAAAAUUAAUGCGACUAUAAUUCAAGCUGUACAUAAGAUUUUUAAUAUUGAUUGCCACCAAUCUGGGACAUACGGAUGUUUCGCAGGGAAUAAGAUGGAAACAACAAAGACCAUCACCAGAGACAUAAUUGUCAAUUGUAAAAAGAUUAUUUAAAAAAAAAAAUCCUUCACACUACGUUUUGAAAAAGGAAAAUACUUUAUAUUACAAGACUUAAUUUAUAACUUGAAAUAAGGAGUUCUGACAAAUAAUACCCGAAAAAACAAACAUAUCUGAUAGAUGUAUGAUCUAAAUUUAUUUGUUUUAUUUAGCAAUAUACUAAUGAAUUAUUAGUUUAAAAAAAAAAAGUACAGUUGAGGCGACAACAUUAAGGAUUUGAAACAUUAGCUUCUAUUGCCUCAGGCCUUCCAACCCCCAGCUCCUAACAUCCUUGCUGAGUUGCCCUUGCAAACAGUGAAGUAUUCUCGUCAAUAUCAGGCAUAGAAACAUCGCGAAUCCCCUCUACAUAAAUAGGAGACAUAAUGAGCAAUACUUUGAUCGUGGGCCCUCAAGAAUUAGCCGAAGAAGUUUAUAUUUAAUUAUAUUUUUGUAUAUAUAAAUUGAUCAAACAAUAAAAAAACACUUGGAAAAUAUAAUAAGUCGACGAUUUAUAUUUUAAAGCCCUUUAAAUAGAUCGAGACUAAAAACGCUUAAAAUAAUUUCAAAUUGAAGUAUAUAUUGAUUCGUUUCAAUUAAAACUAUUUUACUUAAUGCUAUUUUUAUUACAGGUAACGGCAACGAGAAUAUUAUUAAAAUGGCUAUUGACCAGGAGCAUGUUACAUUGAGAAAAGGAACAGAAAACCUAACACUACAAUGCUCAGAAAAAGAAAACAUUUCAUCUCUUACGUUAUUAAAGCAAAGAAAUGCAGGCUCACAUCUCAAUUAUACUGAAGACAGCAAAAUAAUUUCCUAUACCUUCUCUAAAGUCGAAUGUGACGAUAUUGGAACUUACGUUUGUAUAGCGAAUAGAUCAGGGGAAUUAAACAGGAAAAUUGAAAGAUAUUUUCACUUGUCCGUUAACAAUUGUAAGUAGGCCCUAUAAUGUAACUUACCAAAGAGAAGUAGAUUAUGUUUAAAUGUGUAAUUAAUUUUGUUAUAAAAAAACAAAAGAUAAAUUAACCCACUGCAUAUUAAAAUAGUAAAAUAUUUUAUAAUUUUUGUUUUUUGUUUGUUCAAGGUCCUCCAAUGAUCUAUAAGUGUAACGAAAGUGAUACAGAGGAUGUUAAAAUAUCAGACUCGGGAAAUACCCUAUCUGUUAUCUUUUGCAUGAUUUUGUCAAAUAAAAACCGAAUACUAGCCAUCAACUAUCAUGGUCAUUGGACCCAGAAUAACAGUUGCUCAAAUGUUACAUGUCUGGAAUACAGAAGGGAUGGUUUGUCCCAGUUUCUUUACACAAUUAACGUAACGUUCAAAUCAAGGCCCUCACCAAAAUAUGGCCACCUUGUCUUCACAGUAGGCUCAGGCUACAAUUUUAGAACAAAUAACGUCAAUUUGACACUGGAUUUUAAUGAUACGCAUGGUGGGUUCAUGAGUUAGUUUUGAUACAUCUGUUAUGUUUUAAUUGUGCAAAUUAUUUUUAAAAAUAAUAUAUAUCUCUAUUGCAAUCUUUAUCACCGUCUCGCACAUUUUUGCACAUGCAUUAUAAAACUAUUUUCCUAUUAUAUUAUUUCUAUCUCUGUCAUGUAUUCAACUUCCCUAGCAUAGCAAUCAUUUGCUACAUUGUUGUUUACAGCUUUCUUACAUCCCACAUGCAAACUAAAUAGUGUUGAACGUCUCAAUCUUUCUUGCUGAAUGUCUUUGUGCCCCCCACCCCCUUUCCGAGUCCUUUUUUUCCACCAAUUUACAAUUAGUUUUAUUUUUCAAUAUUUGGUGCAUGUUAAAUGUCAAAUAAUUUCAUUAUGUAGCAGAGAACUCGUUAUAACAUCAUCUAUUAGUUUCUUUUCUUAAGCCAAAAACCAUUGAAAAUAAUAUGUAACAAAACUUUUAUUCUCUUAAGAUGUUUUCAAUUGAAGUAAAUACAAAUCAUUUAUUUAAAAAAAAAUAUACAGCUAUAUGAAGAAAACGUGGAUUAGGUUUUGUUGAGAAAUUGAACUUAAUUUUUACAAGAAAGUAGGGCUUUAAUAUAUCACUAAUAUUGCAUCAAUUUUUAUUUAAAAAAAUAUUGUCACCAAUUAAAAAGGAAACGAGGCCAAUCCAACAACGGUGCCCUUAUCAUCAUCAAACUCAAACAACACCACCGAUAGCUUACUUUCGCCUACACGUGGUGAGAAACUCAUUUUCCUUUAAUUUCUGUUUGCUUUUUUGUGAUUUUUUUUCUUCUUUUUUUUUUAAAGUUGCCCAUAUUAACUACUUAACCAAAUACAUUUCCUGUAUCAUCUCUUUUCGUCGCCUGCCUUACUAAUCCGCAUAGUCACAUUAUCCAUGUCCAAUCAGUUUCUCUGGAAGGUCUCUUUCUUUAGUUGAACUUACCGCUCGUCUAUUUCUUUUCUUCUUUUUAAUUAAUUAUUUUAUGUUUGUGUUUAAUUUGUAUUGUCAAAUGGAAAUACAACUUCUGACUAAUGGUUACAUACAUUUCUAAAUGCAGAUAGGACACCACUGAUCUUGUAUGUGUCAUUAUCGAUUAUCUGUAUCAUAAGCUUGAUACCGAUAUCGUUCUACUUGCGAUACUCCUACAAAGGUAAUCAUGAACACUUAAAUUAAAAAUUUAAAAAGAAUGGGAAAGAAACUAACAAACAAACCCCACCCCCAACCCCAAAGAAAAAACAACAAAACAAACAAAGCCUAAGUCACAAAACGAAUGGAUUAAAUGAAAAAUGUAAUUUUUAAUUAUCAAAAUGGAAGGGAAUCAUUUAAGGAUGUUAGGCAGUCAUUUCGUCCCCACUGAUUAGCAAAUAUUAUUGUAUUCAACCAAAUAAUGCCUGUUAGAUAUUGACCACCCGCAGCCCAGUACUUAUCGGGGAAUCAUAGAAGAAGUGAGCAAAAAGCGACUCAGUGAGCUGGGAUGUAAGUCCUCCGAUAGCCUUAACCAGAUUAAAAAAAUAUUGAAGAUCCGAAUUUCUAAAGUCGAUAGGUAUUCCUACAUUAAAGUAAAAAAGAAAUUAAAUUAUUAUUUUUUUUGUUGCAUUUCCUUAUUACGUAAGGCUAAAAUUGCAUUCGCGAGAAACCUACAACAAAAAUACAGUAAAUAAAAUUCUAACAAGUUUUACGCUGAUAAUCUAUUUCAAACAUUUAGUUAUCUUUGUUUAUAUAUAAUAAUAGUAAAAAGGAAUUAUUUUUUUUUAAGGUGGUGGGGUUAUUUCUUCUCAUUAUUUUAUAUAUAUAAUAAUAUAUAAAACAACUUACUUUAACAAAAUAGUGGUAAUCAAAUAAUUGCUUACUGGAGUUAUCGUUUUUAAGUUUACCCUAAACGGAGUAAAAGGCUAAAAACAAAAAAAAAAAAAAAAAAAAAAAACAACAAAAUACACGAACUGCUCAUUUCAGCCAAAAACAUCAGGGAUUUGAAUAAGCUUCCAGAGGAACAGUUGAGACGAUACCGCUUGACGCAUUUGCUUCUAUUGCCUCCUGCCUUCCUACCCCCAGUUUCUGAUACCCUCCCUGGGUAGCACUUGCAACCAGUGAAAUAUCCUCUAUAAUACCAGGCAUAGAAACAUCGCUAGCCCCCUCUACACAAAUGGGAGCCAGGGUGAUCAAUACGUUGAUGGCGGGCCCUUAAGGAUUAGAAGAAGCCUAAUUUUCGCUGCUAAAUAAGACAUCCUUUGGUUUUUGAAAAGAUCUGGUUUAGGCAGAGAUAAUGUAGCCGGGUUCUAUUACGUUGAUUGUUUAAAUAGAAUAUACCGCUGUAAAGAAUAUUAUAUGUAACAAUAUGUAUUUUCAAAAAACAAAAAACAUAUAGCCAUUAACUGGCUCAAUUAGAUUAUUGAAGAUAAUAAACUUACACUAUGGGUUGUAACAACUCUAUAAUUUGAAAAGAAAUGUUUAUAGUAAAAAUUAAAAUAAAUCCUUUUUAUGACAAUUAUUUCAAUUAUAGGAUAAAUUAAGGCUCAAUUUAGCUGUACUUUGUGAAAUAUAUUUUGAAAAUCAUUAUAGUUUGUCAGCGCAUUUAAAUUUAAGGACGUAAAUUUGAUAUUAUUUCUCCGCUUAUUAAUAUUAUUAAAACAGACUUUUAAAAAAUAGCUGUAUUUUCAUCGUAUGCUUAUCUCUCAGCUUUCAUCAGUCAACGAAGACAUGGCUUGAAAGACAAAUCAUUCAAAUUUGACCGUAUCCAGACACGGGUAAGGCGUUGUAAUUUUAUCAUCACAAAAAAUUUAAUUACUUGAUGGAUCAAUCGCAUUAUCAGAUACAUUUUAAAAUUUAAUGUAAGCAAAGAAACAAUUGACAUGGUUUAAAACUAAUGUGAAAUGUAAAUAUGAUUUAAAAACUGGAUGACUUGUAUGAUUCACAUUUUAAAUGUUCUAUCUUUGAAAAAAUAAAAUCAAAAUCAUCAUUUUAUUAAUAUAAGUUAAACAUAUUUAGGUACUAGUGUUUUGAAUGUUUAUGAUGCAUAUAUUAAAAUAAAAUUAUAAAAAUCUAAAUUUCUUGUAGAAUUUUAAGAUUUUAUGUGCUCCAAUCAGCAAAAGGCAAACAACAAAUAAAUAAUGUAUUAAAGAAUGUAUUUUACUAAAAAUCUUGGAUGAAUUAUUUUCACAUAUUUCAAAUGUUGUUGUCUCUUAACCAUUAAAAAUGUUUUCAUUAGAGACCCCGAAGAUAUCGAUCUGAGAAAAGUAUCGCUUACAUCACAGUUGAGCCAAACCAAAUCCAAGGAAAUCCAGGAGAGCGGAACAACAAUCCCAAUGUCUUUGGGAGGAUCCAAUACACAGACAUUGAUUUCGACAAGACUCGACAAUUUAAGAUCAAAUCAAGCCAAGUGUAAAAUCAAUUUGAGCAUUACAAGAAUAUGUCAGCUUUAGUUUGAAAUGGACGUCUUUCUUCCACUCAUUACGCAUUAUUUAAAAUUGAAUGGUUUCAAAACAUACAAGGCGAAGGUAAAAAAGGAAAUGAAUAAAAAAUUCCUAUCUACAUAAGUAUGCAAUAAGUUAUAGUAAGAGUCUAAAAAUCCAGAAGAUUUUACGAGAAAGAAUAAACAGGAGAGAAUAGUUAAGUUCCAAAGUUAAAGAUAAGGUAAAGGACUCAUCACAAACCCACUUUUAUCUUUUUUUAUUGACUCAAAGUGAUAACUUAAUAUAACAAUUUGAAAAUGAAUUAUAUAAAUUAAAAAAUGGCAGCAAAUACCUUUCGAAAAAUAUCGUGAGGGAAAAAAAAACUAAUAGACUAAUAGAUUAAAUAUUUUACAUAAAAGAUGAACCAGAUAAAAUAUUUUUUAAAUUACUAAACUAAAAGCAGCAUUUGGAAAUCAAUUUCAUCUAAUAUUCGAUGUUAGGGUCGAUGAUUAAAAGUUGAAAAACACGUAUAAUAAUUUGACUUUCUCAAUGAAAGGGUAAACGUAGAAAUCAAGCUGAGGCUAAAGGAAAGAAAUUGUGAAUGUUUGUAAAUUUGUAAUUCUAUUUUUAAAUAAAAUUUUUAAAUGAUUUUACAUAGUAAAGAAAAAAAAAGCACACGUAGAAAAUGAAAUGUAUAAAUAAUCACAUCAAAAAGAUGUUGACUGUUAUUAUUGAGUAAGAUGAACUUACAUCCGCCAAGUUAUGAACUGCAAAUGCUUUUUAUAAAGUUGCACGCUAAGUAUGUAGGCUACUAAUUACCAUUGUUUGUAUAUUUCAUUUAAACAAUUU